GCGGCCGGUUAAAGAGCGCGCUUCCAGGCCGGCCACGUGUGCCUCCAGGAGGUUCAAUGGCGUGGCGGGGGUUGACAGCCGAGUUCUUGCAGGUGCCGGCGGUGACGCGGGCCUACACUGCAGCCUGCAUCCUCACCACGGCCGCCGUGCAGCUGGAACUCCUGAGUCCCUUCCAGCUCUACUUCAACCCGCAUCUCGUGUUCCGGAAGCUGCAGGUCUGGAGGCUCGUCACCAACUUCCUCUUCUUCGGACCCCUGGGGUUCAGCUUCUUCUUCCACAUGCUCUUCGUGUUCCGCUACUGCCGCAUGCUGGAGGAGGGCUCCUUCCGGGGCCGCACGGCUGAUUUUGUCUUCAUGUUCCUCUUCGGUGGCUUCCUUAUGACCCUGCUGGGACUGCUGGGCAGCUUGUUCUUCCUAGGCCAGGCGCUCACUGCUAUGCUGGUGUACGUCUGGAGCCGCCGCAGCCCACAAGUGAGGGUCAACUUCUUUGGCCUGCUCACCUUCCAGGCGCCAUUCCUGCCCUGGGCGCUCAUGGGCUUCUCGAUGCUGCUGGGCAACUCCAUCCUCGUGGACCUGCUUGGGAUCGCUGUGGGCCACAUCUAUUACUUCCUGGAGGAUGUCUUUCCCAACCAGCCAGGAGGCAAGCGGCUGCUGCUGACGCCUGGCUUCCUGAAACUGCUACUGGAUACCCCUGAGGAGGACCCCAAUUAUCUGCCCCUCCCUGAGGAGCAGGCAGGACCCCCACAGGCUCCACCCCCGCAGCAGCAGUGAGCCCACCGGCAGGUGCCAGCAGCUGAGCAACGGCUUGAGCCAAACCCACCCAAAUAAACAAUGACCUGCAGCCUCAGCUCCACCUGCCCUCUGAGCCUCACGGGAGAGGGUAGGAUGGAGGGGACAUGGAGAACAGAAACACUGCCCAUGGGGCUCAGCAGAACUCAGAGCUCAUGGCUUACACCAGCCCAGCAGUACAGGGCUGGAGCAUCAGGCAAGCCUACCCACUCUGGGCCUCUACUCCUGCCUCCAAGUGAGCUGGCUGGGCAGGACCGGGCGCUCCCAAGCACUCCAUCUGCAGAUGCCCUGCCUAUCAUGGAUCCUUCACGUUGGUGCCCAUCAGCAACCCUGGCACAUGUCCAGCUGGCGAAGGAGGCCCCAUGGGGUCAGGUGCAGAGGAAGACCGGGACUGGGUCUUCCCAUUUGUGACCUCAGGGCCUUGACUUUUCACCUGCUAAGUCCCGUGACUGGCACAGGGAGACAGCCCCGGCCUUGCCAGCUUAGCUGGGACCUGUUGCCACCACUGCUCACAGCUCCCUCUUCUUUUCCGUGGCAUGUGCAUCCAGCACCCUGACCAGCCUUCCUGGGUGUUCCAGGCCUGCCGAUGCUGCAGACUGACUUCGCUCUGCAGGGAAACCUCAUGGAGCACCUGCUUCCUUUGGCAUGCAGGCUGCCAGUACUCUGAAUGCAUGGGCCUGGGGAAAAAAGGCAGGCAGGGCUUCCCUCCAUCCCACCAGGUGGGGUGGGGAAGGACACAGAGCUGGCCCCCAAUCAUACCCUGAGCAGACUUCCCCGGCCUGGGAGGCCUGGCUGUCCCCUCACUGUGGGACUGCGGUGACUCCACUCUGUGACAGGAGACCCAAGAACAACGGGCUCCAGGGUCGGCUCCUGGGAGCCCCCAGCUCUUACAGCCAGGCCUGCUGGCCACUCACAGUCCCAAGCCCUGCUCAGUUCUACGCCUGCCCUGGCAAGGAAGGACUUGCCAGCCAGGUAAUGGCACUGAGCUGCCCUCACAGAUGCUUCCAUAUCGUCCACAAGGUCGUGGGGACUAAAAAACUCUUGCCGGGGGGUGGAGACCUGGGAGAAUAACUGGCACAUCCAGCCCUGAGCCAGCAGGGGCCGUCGUCCUCCCAGCCCUCCCAGGAGGAAGGAGCUGCCCGGGGAGCAAGGCCAGAGCACGUAUCGUCAGGCCCUGCUGUGCCCAGGCUGGUGCUGUCCCCACAGUGCUACAAGGAACCCCAGCCUCCACAAGGUCAAGUAGUGGCCCCAAACAGCAGCAG